CUGGGAGCAUCCAGGCUGGGAAGGGACAAACCCUAAGUGCCAGGCAGCCCCAGCUCCUGCCUGCAGCUCUGGGGCACAGACACAGUGCCAGGGAGCUCAGCCAGGAAACAGAGCCAUCCAUUGAACCCUCUGCUCUGAGCCCAUCCCUGCAGGAGGAGAUCCCACCUGGGCCCACCCAGCUCAGGGAGAUCCCACCUGGGCCCACUCAGCUCCAGGAGAUCCCACCUGGGCACAGCCAGCUCCAGGAGAUCCCCCCUGCGCACACCCAGCUCAGGGAGAUCCACCCUGGGCACACCCAGCCCCAGGAGAGCUCAGAGGGCCCAGGAGCAGCUGCACAAAGGGGUUUGCUGAAGGGCCCCAGUGAUGUGUUGGCUGAGGGGAGGAAAAGCCCUGAGGAGCCACCUCUGGUUCCAGAAGAGGCUGUGAGGGAGCAGAUGGGUCCUGCUCAUCUUUUACCUGCAGAGGAGGCUUUGUCCGCCAUUCCAGAAGAGGCUGUGAGGGAGCAGAGGGGUCCUGCUCACCCUUUACCUGCAGAGGAAGCUUUGUCCACCAUUCCAGAAGAGGCUGUGAGGGAGCAGAUGGGUCCUGCUCAUCUUUUACCUGCAGAUGAAGCUUUGUCCACCAUUCCAGAAGAGGCUGUGAGGGAGCAGAUGGGUCCUGCUCAACCUUUACCUGCAGAUGAGGCUUUAUGCACCAUGCCUGAAGCUCCCUCAUCACCAGUGAAGAGAUUCCUGAGCUGUGUGCACAUCACACUCUCCCCCAGGGUCCAUCACCCCAGUGCCAGCAGUGCUGGGAAUGGGAUCAAGGUGUGGGACAAACCACCAGGGAAGGCUCAGACUUUACAAGCAGCUCCAGAAUCUUCAGUGGGAGGUGUUCCUAAAUCCCCUCGUGCUGAGGGCAUUCCCAGCCCAGCUGAGCCUGUGGCAGAUCCCAGCCAGGUGCGUUCCCCCAGGCAGGAACUGCAGGGCAGGACCAGAGCCCGGCUCACACAGGGCAUCCCCAGCUCUGCCACACCUGCCAGAAGGACUUCUGAUGCUGCCACCCAGAUCACCACGGAGAGUCCCACCAAAGCCACGUUCUCAGCAGAAAUCUGUGUGGAUCCCCAGGAGGGGGGAAGUGCUGCCCUGCAUCCAUCACUCCCCAGUGCCCCUGGAGCUCCUGGGACUGCAGCUCCACCCCACAAGGCCCCCGAAGCUCCUGGGACUGCAGCUCCAUCAAACAAGGUCCCUGGAGCUCCUGGGAUUGCAGCUCCAUCAAACAAGGCCCCCGGAGCUCCUGGGAUUGCAGCUCCACCCCACACAGAGAUUCCCCCCUUCCCAAGGCAGCCUGCCCAGCCCCUGCUGCUGCCCUACAAGCCCUCAGGAAGCUCUGGCAUGUACUAUGUGCCUUUCCAGAGAGCAGGAGCCAGCGUGGAGCCCAGCAGAGCCAGCUCCCACUCAGGCUCAGAGGAUGCUCCUGCUCCAGGGAUCCUGGCCCAGGUGCUGGCUCUGGGGGAUGAGCCCCCUGCAGCCAGGGCAGCUGCCCAGCACACAGGGACAGCCCAUGGGCACAGGCCUAAGCUGGCCUGGGCUGAGGGGCACAGGACACCACUGGAACAGCCUUCAGAGCUCCCAGCUGGUUCUCAGCGUGCAGAACCCUCCCGUGGUGUCCCUGAGCCCUGUGCCAUGCCCACCAGGCAGAGCUGCAGCCAGCAUGCCAGGGAGCCCUACAGGGACAGGGCUGGAGCUGGGCACGCUGCCCUGGGCACAGCAGGGCACUUCUUUGCCCUCCCUGCAGAGGCUGACGACAGCAGGAGCGAGGAGCUGAGUGCCUGGGGGUCCUUUGGGCACGGGGCAGCUGGCACGGGGCUGCACCAGGGCGCUGCUGGCACCGAUCCUGCCCCACGGGGCCCAGCUGCUCCCCUGCAGGACAGCCUGGGGAUGGCACCACGGCAGAGGGGCCAUGCCAGGGGCGGCCUGGACGAGCUGUGGCUGAGGUUCCUGGAGCGCCAGGGCACACAGCAGCAGCAGCAGCUCAGGAGGAACGGGGAGCUGAGCCUCGUGCAGCGCCUGGAUCGCCUGGCCAGGCUCCUGCAGAACCCCAUCAGGCACACCCUGGCACCCACAGCUGCUGGGGAGAGGGCUCCUGAGCAGGAAAUGCCGGGGAGGGAGCAGCCAGAACCUGGGCUGGCAGGAAAAGCCAGGUCUGGGAGCAGCACGGAGCCAAGGGGACCACGACUGGGACAGAAGCCACGUGUGAGCCAUGGCAGCAGCAGCCAUGGGGAGCCCAGUGCAGGGCAGAAGGUGAUCCAGCACCUGAGCAGGAUCCUGGAGGAGCAGCAGCACCUGGGCAGCAUCCUGGAGGAGCAGCAGCACGUGGGCAUGCCGAGUGACAGCUCCUCAGAGAGCAGGCUGAGCGGGGAGCCCAGCAGCUGCAGCACCUGCAGCACCUCUGCGUGGGACACGGGGACAGGGCUGGACACCUCCCCUGUCUCUGGGGACAGCAGCUCCCUGUCCCUGUCCACCAUUGACACAGCCAGGCUGCUCCAGGCCUUUGGGCAGCACAGGGUGGCCCCAAGCACUGACACCCCCAGCCCAAAGCUGUCCCCAGAGCUGUCCCCGAGGCUGGCCCGGCUGUACCGUGCCAUCAGCCAGCAGAAGAGGCGCUCUGAGAAGUGGCAGGAGCACAGUGAAGCAGCAGGGCCUGCAGGAUGUCCCCAGGGAGCUGCUCAGAGCCUCGGGAAGGGCCAGCAGAGCCAGAGCACCAUGCCCUUCUCAGACUCCACCUGUGCCAGCAGCAGCUCCUGGGGGCCCAGCUGUGCCCUGAGCCACAAGAGACGGGCUCGGAUGCUGAACAAAGGGAUCCAGGCAGGGGACCUGGAGAUCGUCAGCAGUGCCACCAAGAGGAACACCAGGGACGUGGGCGUGACCUUCCCCACGCCCAGGAGCAGCCAGCAGCUGUGGGAGCCCCCGGGGCAGGACCAGGGCACAGCCUGGCAGCAGCCCCGGGCACCGCCGGGCAGGAUCCUGACAGACACACGGACCAGGAGGAACAGGCUGCACUUCCAGCAAGGGGCUCCGUGGCUCGUCCCAGCAGAGGACUUGGAAUGUGAAUCAAGGAAAGAAAACCAGUUCAGUGCCCCUUCUGGCCCUGGGCCAGCCUGGUUUGAGCCCUGGAGCAGCACAAAGCCCUGGAGAGAGCCCCUGAGGGAGAAGAACUGGGAGGAGCAGCCCAGGCUGGGCCAGGGAGCAGUGACAGCCCCGGGGGCUGGCAGGGGGCUGGGGCAGCCCCUGGGCAAGCUCACCCUGCAGGAGGCGCUGGCCCUGCACCGUCCCGAUUUCAUCUCGCGCUCGGGGCAGCGCCUGAGGCACCUGCGGCUGCUCCGCGAGGAGAGGAGGCUGCACAAAGCCCAGAGGGAAACACUGCUGCCAGCCCAGAGGGAAACACUGCUGCCAGCCCAGAGGGACCAGCUCCUGCCAGCCCAGAGGGACCAGCUCCUGCCACCCCAGCAGCUGUUGCAGCCUGCAAGGAGGAGAAAAGACUGCAGGACUGCAAAUCACCUGUUGUCCAACCGAGGUUUCCUGAUAAGAGAAAAAAGAAGAGCAAUUCCCAAGCAUGAAAUGUUUCAAAGAUCUAAAAGGAUGUACGAGCAGCUCCCUGAGGUGAGGAGGAAAAGGGAGGAGGAGCAGAGGAGGCAGGAGUACAGCUCCUACCGCCUGAGGGCUCAGCUCUACAAAACUAAGAUCACCAGCCGUGUCCUGGGGAAGAAGGUGUCCUGGAGCUGACCUCAGCCAGCCUGGGCUGGGCACACACAGCCCUGGCACAGGAGAAGGCACUAAAUACUUCUGCAGCCCCACUUUGUGCUCUUGGCUCCCUUCUGUGCUCACUGGUCCUGCCCUACGUAAGAAUCAGGGAUUUGGGGAAGUGUCAGGGUUUUAAAUAAAUAGCUGGGGUUUUAUAGUGGUGUUAGGCACUUCAGAGGAAACACAGUCUGGAAGAACUUGGUUCAUAACAUAUUUAUAACUCCCUGAUUGGAAUAGCAGUUUUAUAUAUUUAUUUUCAACGGGUUUUAACGAAGAUUUUUAGAUUUUUUAAAACGCCUGUCUCAAUGUAGAAAAUUCACUUGUUAUGUUUUGUACUUCAAUAAAACAGCUGAGUUGUAAUAACUGCUGCAG